GAUGAUAAGGUAAAAAACGGAUUCAAUUUAGUCUUAAUAAGCAUUCCGUUAAAUGUAGUCACUUUCAGAGAUUCGGAUUGUAAAGUUUUUUUGUUCAAGCGCCAAAAUAUGAAAAGUUCAGGCACCAAAUAUAAUUCAUCAUAAUAAAUAAAAUUUUUCUGCUUUUACCGCAAAUCAAUUUAUUAUUCACAAUACACACGCAGAUAUAUAUAUAUGUACAGUUUCUGCUUGGAUCACCGAUGAAGCAAAACAAUACAAACCAAAAAAUUCCCUCCUCUUUCCAUCACCAAUCCAUUUCUGCGUUUCAAUGCUUAACAUCCUCAAAAGAAAUACCCUUCUCGACCCCAAAUCUUCAAAUCCAGUAUUCUUUUCAUCAAAACUCUUAUACUCAACACUAUCCUUAAACCCUAAUCACCAAAAUCCUAAAACCCCUACUCCAAACCCCAUAACCAGAUCACAACUCAAAGAUUUAGUGCUCAGUCAAUACUCCCAUGGCAAAUUCUCCAAUCUCAUCCAAAAUGUCGUCGCUUUGCCCUCUGUUCUCCUCUCUGCCUCUGAAAACCUCGUCCCCGGUAGCAUUAAUGCCGCCACUUCACCUGAGUCAGUUGGGUUCACCACUCAUUCUCUUUACUACUCAGUAUCCAAGCAUUUGUCAAUUGAAGAAAUGGGUCACGAUAUAUUUUAUAACCGCUUCGAUAUUGAGUCUAACUGCGUUAAAAUGGAAGGGAAAGGUGAGUUCUUGGUUUUGCCCAAUUUGAAACUGAAAGUUCUUAUUGAAGCUAUUAGGGUAGUGUUAGAAAUUAUAUAUGAUGAUCGGUUUAUUACUUUUUCUUAUGGUGGACGUGUCAAUAUGGGGCGGCACACAGCUAUCAGAUAUCUUAAGAACUCGGUUAAAAACCCAAGUUGGUGGUUUAAUGUUUGCUUUAAUCAUUUCAAGUUUGAUCAAAGGAAUUUAGAUAAGUUAUGUUUGUUUAUAGAAGAGAAGAUAAAGGAUAGGAUUUUGAUUGAUGUGAUAAAAAGGUUAUUUCAUUGUGGAGUUUUGAGAAUUGAAUUUGGUGGGUUUUAUUUGGGAAGGGGAUUUCCUCAAGAAUGUGGAUUGUGUUCAAUUUUGAUUAAUAUUUAUUUUAAUGGGUUUGAUAGAGAAAUUCAAGAAAUGAGACUAAGAAUUAGUGAACAGAAUCCCAAAUUUGAACCAAAAGAGGUUAGUGAGAGGUCUAUUUCCUUUUAUAAGCCGGUGAAUGUAUAUGCAGUUAGGUACUUGGAUGAGAUAUUAAUAAUUACUUCUGGCUCCAAGAUGAUGACCAUGGAUUUGAAGAAUAAAGUUUUGAGUUUUUUGGAGGAGAAGUUGGAAUUGAACGUUGAUAAAACCAAUACAGCUAUCCACAGUGCAGUUUCAGAGAAGAUUGAUUUCUUAGGGAUGGAAUUGCAGGCUGUCCCACCUUCAGUAUUGCACCCCCCUAUGUCAGAAAAGGCAAUCCGAGCAAGAAAGAAAUAUCUUAAACAGAAGGAAGUUAGGUCUUUGGAAUUGAGAAAUGCUCGAGAAAGGAAUAGAAAAAAAUUGGGUUUGAAAAUAUUGAGUAACGUAUUUAAGAAGUUGAAGCAGAGUAAUGGGUUCAAAUUUGACUUUCAAAUUGAGAAUGAAGUGCGAGAAAUUUUUGCAACUUGGGCAGAUGAAGUGGUUCAAGAGUUUUUGGAGUCCUUGGAAGAGCGUUGGAACUGGCAUCGUAUGCUCACUGCUGGUGAGUUCCUCUCUUUGAGGCAUAUUAGAGAUCAAUUGCCACAAGAUCUUGUUAAUGCUUAUGAUAAGUUCCAGGAGCAGGUGGACAAGCAUUUAUCACCAGUGAAGGUUAGAAAAGCAUUGGAGGAGGAAGAAAGGAGAGUCGAAGAAGAUGAGGAAAGAAAGUAUGCUGAGAGAACAGUUGAGGAUCUGACAAAACUAUGCAUGAAAGUCUCUGCCCCUAUAGAACUUGUAAGGAAAGCUGUGAAGAUGAAUGGGUUUACAAACAAUAUGGGCCGUCCGAGACCAAUCCACUUUCUUACUGUUCUUGAAGAUGCUGAUAUUAUAAAAUGGUACUCAGGGGUUGGAAGAAGAUGGCUUGAUUUCUUUUGCUGCUGUCACAACUUUAAGAUGGUAAAAACUGUUGUAAAUUAUCACCUACGGUUCUCUUGUAUUUUGACACUUGCAGAAAAGCAUGAAGCAACAAAACUUGAGGCCAUUAAGCAUUACACUAAAAACUUGAAAGUCACUGAUGUGGAUGGAAAUGAAGAAGUGCACUUUCCCACUGAAAAGGAGGUAAAGAUGAUGGGAGAUAAAAAUCUUUCUGAUCCAAAACCUGUAGAUGGUGCUUUAUCUUUGGCAUUGAUCAGAUUGGCUCAUGAUGAACCAUCUGGUUCCUGCAUUGCUCAUUUUUGUGACAGAACUGAUACUAUCAUGUAUCGAGUUAGGUUAAUGCAAAAUCUUUUAAAUAUGAGCCCAAUGAAAGGAGAGAGAUGGGUUCCAGGGAUGAGUGCAAUUCAUGAAUGCAUAGACCGAGUAUGCCUUCCAUUGUGUUCUGACCACAUAAGUGACUUAUAUACUGGGAAAAUUACUCUUCAGGACAUUGAUUGCACUUCAUUUGUGGAUGUUGACUGAUUAUUGCUUGUAUUCCAUAAGUUACUGACAUGAUAGGUAGUAGUUUUUUAAGUUAAGAAAGAUGGGCUGAUUUAUACAGGUUCAAGUGAAGACAAUACCAUACUGCAGUUUUGCUAUGUUAUGCAAUUCCUGAGCCUAUAAUGCGUAAAUGCAAUGUAAAUGAUUGUUUUAUUCAGCAAGCAAUCCUCAUGUACAGUCACUAUUGGGAAUAUGAGGAGCAAACCAUGUGAACUGGUUUAAACCUGAUGAUCAAUCAAACUCCUUAUUGAAGGCAUUUCUUCAAAGCAAAGAGCGAGACUACGACCUAAAAGCAAAUGAAGUCUGUCAGACUACUCUGUGACCAUCUCAGGCCAUUCAACAUUGACUGAGGACGAUCCUCCACUGCCUAUACAGGGACUACAAGGCUAUUACUCACGCUAUGGUUAGAAAGUCAUGGUUCGUCAACCAGACUUGGAUUCCUAUCUCCUUUGAACUCAAGGAUAUAGAGGUACGAGCCUAAUGAACAGAUCCUGUUCAAGUAAGGAUCUUGAUUCCUUUUGCCAGCUUCCUCAUGUCGACUAUGCAGAAACAAUAGUUGAUUCUCACAUUCUAACAUGUUUCCAUCUUUUCUCUACAUGUACAAGAAUAAGCAAGGAGAUCAAGAAAAUAAGGAUAUGAAAAUAUUUGGUUGAGCUUACUGUUUGGGGCUUUGUUCUUGGAUCAUGUCCUUAGCAAUAUUUGCAAUAUCAUCUUCCCAUCCGGUCAAAAUAACUUGAUCUUCUGUGAAAGGAUAACUGCAGGCAAAAGUCAUACAGCGUUAUGAAAAGAAAGCAAAAAGGCAUAAAGGACAAGGAAAAGUAAUGGUUAAUCAUGUUUAUAGGUGUAGUAAAUACAAUUUGCAGUGCUUGAUGCUGUGUUUGUAUUUUGAAAAUAAUAAGGAGAAUAUUUCUCAAAGGAUUUGUUAUCUAUUGUUUGAUUGUAAUAUUGAAGGGUAUCGUAAAUGCUAUAUGCAUCACUGAGUGGAGUUAUUGAGUUCAUAGACACGUUAUCGAGUUCGUUUA